GAGACACAAGCAGAAAACUAAACGGGCCAGAUGUGGCGCUGACUAAGCGGGCUCCAGUCCGCUGCAAGACGUGCUGUGCAGGAAACUUUACUUUACUGUACUUUACUCUCUUCUCUUGCUAUUCUUGCAUCCUCCUUUCCUUCGUCACAGCUUUGAAACAGUCGACGUCGUUUCUCUCGCGCUGUUUGACUUGCUUCCUUUUGUUUUAGGCUUCUUAAGGCCUACGAACCACUGUGAAGCAGUUUGCAUUUGUGGGCGUGCUCGUUUUUCGUCAGUCCACUUUGCAGCUGUAGCGCGACACUCCCUCUCCAGCGCCCUUCAGCCUAUGCCGGCUUGUGCUUUGGAACUCGACACUGCUAUGGAAUAGGAUUCUGGCGGUUCAGGAGCGUCGCCGUGGAGUUGGCGACAUUUCGCUUGUCGGCAUUUUAACAUCUCGGCGAGCACCACACUUCACCAGCUUGGAGCAGGCGGCGUAUCAACCUUUGUGGUUGGUCAUUUGCAUCCGCGUGUGCAGCAGGGUGCUUUGGGUGUGGCGGUCGGGGGAGCCCUGCAGCACUUGGCUGUUUUUUUGGGGUGUGGCUCGUCUUCGUGCCCUUGUUGCCUGGCGCCCGGCUGCCUGGCGCCCGCCCUGCUGUGAUGCCCUACUUGGCAGCGGACCGCACCCCUGCAGGUGGGGGCAGCACUGCCAGCCCGUUCUUCAGCCCCGGGCUGCAGCUCCACCUUGCCCUGUCCACGCAUAGCCUGGCGCACGGCGUGCAGGACCUGACGACGCAGCCUCAGGGCCCCAGCCUGCCUACCUACCCAGUCCUUCUGGUGGGCGCCACCACGGGGCUCCCAGAGGGCGAGCAGCUGUCCUCAGCCGGCGUCCGGGAGGUGACCAGUGCUGCCCUGUCAGUGCUGGACACCAUGUGCAGGCAGGGCAACCAGCCGCAGCUCUUGCAGGGCCACUCUCUGCACAGCACAGGCCGCCCCUCCCGCACGUUUGCGGGGCUGGCCUUCAGCCGGCGCGCGACCAGCGCCAGCAAAGCAGCCUUCACAGCGGAGCUCAUGCGCAAGUCGCCGCUGGCGGUACCGCUCCAGCGCGGUCAGGCUGUCCUCACGGUUCACGUGCCAGUGGACACCCGGCCCAUCAUUCCGGGCACCUACACCCUCACGGUCAAGAUGGUAGGGGGCCCUGUGUGGGGGGCUUUCCGCGGUCGCACUGAUUUGGUGCUGCAGGCGGGCGGCUAUCCCACCACCUCGGACCCCUCUAACCUGGCGUGUGCUUAUGUGGUCUCAGAGCAGUGCGCCAAAUCGGUGGGCCCCAAGGGGGAGCCCCAGGCCCCCGCAGGCCAGGGCAUCACCAACCACAUCUUUGCCUGUGUGCGGGGCCCCAUCUGGGACCCGCAGCUCUCUCACCUGCACUGUGCCAAGUUUGAGAUGCCCGGUGAGGAGCCCAUGCAGGUGGAGGUCCGUGGCGCCCCCCAGGCGGCUGGGACAGCCACAACAGCUGCGGCAGGCAGCCCUGCUCCGGCUGCAGCCGGGGUCGCCGACCUGGGUGGCAACACCUUGGGUGGGUUGAGGCCCGCGGCUGCCAUGGCGACCGCAGCGGACAUCGUUGACCACGUAGGGGACGUGCAGAUGCAGGAGGCGGCGGGUUUGGGUGACGUGGCGGCUGCAGCUGGUGGCGCCAGUGGGCCACUCAGCGGGGCCCCGCCCCUGCUGCCAGUUCUGGUGGCGGGGGGAAGCAACCGUGCUGCUGCGGCUGCCCUGCGGGCCGUGCUGCAGCAGCAGCCCUCUUCGCAGCAGCGGGUGGCAGUGGGAGGGCUUAGCGGGGUCCAGCCGGCGGCAGGCGUGGGGGGGCCGCCGGCGGCCAGGCCUCGCCCUGCCGGUGCUGGGCCGGCUGGCGUGCAGCAGCAGCACAGUGGCGCUCCCGCGCCACGGCCGCCCUUGGAUCCGCGGGCCGCCGCCGGGCAGGAUCAGGAGCAGUCCGCUGUGAUGCGGCGGUACUUGGCCGAGCUGGCGGACCUCAAUCUCCAGCAGAAACGGCGGUUACAGCAACAGCAGCAGCAGGAACUGCAGCGCCAGGGGCAGUCGCCCAGGCCCCGGACCGGCUCCCAGGUUGUGGUCCUGGCCACGCGGGGGGGGCAGGACGGGGCGGGCGGUGGCCCUGGCGCGGCGGCGUCACGGCGUGGGCAAUGUAUUGACAUAGUUGACCACGUGGGGGACGUGCAGAUGCAGGAGGCGGCGGGUGUGGGUGACGCAGCGGCUGCCACUGGUGGCGCCCGCGGACCACCCGCCGUGGCCUCGCCCUCGCUGCCAGCUCUGGUGGCGGGGGGAAGCACCCGUGCUGCUGCGGCUCCCCUGAGGGCCGAGCGACAGCAGCAGCCCUCUUCACAGCAGCGGGUGGCAGCGGGAGGGCUUAGCGGGGGGCAGCCGUCGGCAGGCGUUGGGGGGCCGCCGGCGGCCAGGCGUCGCACUGCCGAUGCUGGGCCGGCUGGCGUGCAGCAGCAGCCCAGUGGGGCUCCCGCGGCACAGCCGCCCUUUGAUCAGCGGGCAGCCGCCAGGCAGGAUAAGCAGCUGGCAGCUGCGAUGCAGCGGUACUUGGCCUACAUGGCGGACCUCCAUCUCCAGCAGCAACGGCGGGUACAGCAACAGCAGCAGCAGGAGCAGCAGCGCCAGGUGCAGCCGCCCAGGCCCCGGACCGGCUCCCGCUUUGGGGUCCUGGCCACGCUGGGGGGACAGGACGGGGCGGGCGAUGGCACGGCCACGGCGGCGUCCGGGCGUGGGCGACGGGUGCAACCAGCCGCGCACGCACCGCCGCCGCCGCCGCCGCAGCAACAGCCCAGCUCCAAAGGGCGCUGUGGCCCCGCCCAGCUUCCGCAGCAGAGGGCAGGGUGCUUGGGCGGGGGGCUGCCUCCCCCGCAGGACGGUGAUAGCGCGCCGCCGCACGUGCCCACUGGGCGGCCGGCCGGGGGACAGCAGGCUGGUGGGGGCAGCGGGUCGGGGCGCCAGGGUGGAGGAGCGGGGCGGGCAGUGCCCCAGGCGCCGCCCCAGGCGGGGCCGCCACUGCAGACGUCACAACCGGCGGGUGGUGGUAAGGACAGGGGCAGGGGCCUGGGCGCGCCGGCUGGGGUUUCGGCCGACACGGCUGGGCGCGCUGGUGGGGGUGCGGGCAGUGAGGCGGAGUACGGGGCCGUUUGCCUGACCCGGGACACGUGUGUUGCCAUCGGCUCUGACCUCGUGACGCACCAGAACCGCUGCGCAGAUGUGCAGGGGUAUGAGUGGACGCAGCUUGGCCGCGAUGCGCUUGGUGGCCGCCUCCUCGCCUACCUCCGUGACCAGGGCGCCACCGUACCGGACUGGGCCGUCUGCCGCGUGCCGGCCGGCCGUACCGCCGUCCUGGCACAGCUGCACGACGAGUUCACUGGCUGGUGGCGCCUAUACUCAGCCCAGCCUGCAGACACGCCCCUGCCUUCCGACGUGACGGAGCAGCUGGAUGACGCCGCGCAGCAGGUGCAGACGGCCUACAUGGACUACGUGCUCCUAGACGCCCGCACCCUGCGGUCCGCUAAGCGUGGGCCUGCGGACCCCGGCGGGGCCAGCGGGCCCAGCCGCCGGCAACGCCAGCACCGCAGCCGCAGUACCUCCAGCCUCAUGAGCCUGGGCAGCGCUCCAUUGCGCCCUGGCGGCGCCAGCUCAGGCGCCGCUAGCAUGAGCACCAGCAGCGGCGGCGCGCCCCCCAGCCAGGGUGGCGGCCGCCGCGGCAAACGCCACAGCAGCAACAGCAACCGCAACCGCCACGGCGCUGCCGUGGCCGGCGGGGGCUCAUAAUGCGGCCACCAGUGGGAGCGGCGAACCUUCGGCUGCUGACAGUGAAUGUCAACGGCCUGGGCUCGCCGUUCAAGGCGCGGGCGCUGGUCUCGCACCUGCAGCAAGUUGGGGCGGAUGUGGCGAUGGUGCAGGAGACCCACGCUACUGACACGACGGCGCUGGAGUCUUGCCUUCGUGCCG